AUGGACGACUCCUUCGUGGAGCUGCUGGAGGAGAUCUUGGCACACGCGCCCCUGGCUGCUGGUGCCCCCGGGCCAGCCGGUCCCGGGGAGGCGAGGACCCAGGUGGUGGUGGUCGGAGCCACCUUCCCCACGGGGCUGAGCCAGACGCUGGGGAAGUUCACCGACGUGGGCCGGUUUGUCACCAUCACCACCCAGAGCCUGCACCGCCUGCCAUCCCACGUCCAGCAGAAGUUUGUCCGCUUAAAAGGCCGGGACAAGCUGCUCGAACUGCUGCAGUUACUCAAGGAGCACCCAGCAUCCGGCGGCGCUGUUCUCGUCUUCUGCAACAGUGCCAGCACUGUCAACUGGCUGGGCUAUAUCCUGGAUGAUCACAAAAUCAAGCACCUGAGGUUGCAGGGACAGAUGUCAGCAGCUGCUAGAGCUGGCAUCUUUGCCUCCUUCCAGAAGGGCGAUGUGUCUGUCCUUGUCUGCACUGACCUUGCCUCGCGGGGGCUGGACACCAGCAGUGUGCAGCUAGUGGUCAACUAUGACUUCCCAGACACCCUACAGGACUACCUGCACCGCGUGGGGCGGGUUGGACGAGUCGGAAGCAAGGCGCCUGGAGCCGUGGUGAGUUUUGUCACCCAUCGGUGGGACGUGGACCUGGUGCGGAAAAUAGAGACUGCAGCCCGGAAAAGAACAGGUCUCCCAGGCAUGGACUCCUCUAUUACUGAACGUCGACCUAAAGGAGGUUGA